AUGAAUACCUUUAUCACACUCUCGCUAGCUCUUGGAGCCUCUGCUCUUGUUGUGCCAAGAUCCUCAUGUUCCUUUGAGCUCACUGCAGCCGGUGGCCAGGCGGGGACAAUUGGACAGCUCUCUGACGGCCAAAACAGAAUUGGUGGUGGCCUUUCGGCCGCUACUUUCACAAUCAACAACAGUAGCAUUACCGAUGCUGCUGGACGUGGUUGCAUUUUGACCCCAUCCGUCGGUCAGUUCCAAUGUGAUGAAAACGCCAGUCCAGCAAACGGAUUCUCGAUUGAGAGCAAUGGCACUCUUGAGUAUUCCGGAAGUUCUACGUUUUAUGCCUGUGGAGCAUCCGACACGGAAUGGAAUCUGUAUACGGCUCCUAUCGUUGGUCAGGAUACUUGUGUUGAAAUCUCAUUGACUGCAAGCGGCUGCGGAACGACAACCUCGACUUCCGCGGCCCCAAGCGUUGUCACAGUGUCGAGUGUUGCUACCGUCACUGUCCAUGACUGUGCUCUGCCUUCAUCAACUGCCGCACUUGCUUCUUCGGCUCCAGCUGUUAUUCCUACUUCAGUAGCCACAGUUCCGAGCCCAGCCCCUAUUGCCACGUCUAGCUCAGUUGUUGUCCCAGUUGUUGUCAGCUCAGCAUCCACAAGCACCAUCGUGUCGGUUGCGUCUACUUCAGCCAUCACGUCGAGCGAGGUCUCCGUAGCGACCGUUCAAACUCUGCCUCCCGUCAAGGAGUCUUCAACCGUGGUCCAGUCAUCAGCUCCGGUCGUCUCUACAUCGACUGUUGUGCCUAUUGAGAAGACCUCCUCGGUCUUGGUUUCAUCCGAGGUCCUCAGUACUGCUACCACAUACUCUAGCAUCUCCUCCGUCGUACCCACACCAACUACGUCCACCUCAAUCGCUGUUACAUCCACCACGGCCUCAACGAGCUCCCUCUGGGUGAACACUAGCUCCGCCACCCCUACCACACUCUUGACCUCAUCCACCUCAUCCACCCCCGCCACAAGCGCAACAACCUCAUCAUCCUCCUGCGUUGCCACCUCCCUAACCGGCUCCUCCACCUCAGGAAACUACCAAUACCCGCACCUAAUCCUCCCCAUCACAUCCACAGCCCCCACCACCGCCCCCGACACAUCCUACUUCGGAACCGUCUCCAGCAACACCUCUAGCAUCUUCUCCUUCGACAUCCCCUCCACCUGGAGCGGCACAACCUGCAAUCUCAUCUUCCUUCUCCCCCUGCAAUCCGAACUCGAGACCUCCUCCUACACAUACAGCGGAUCCAGCCAAACCAUCGACUUCGAGCAGUUGAGCCGCAGUGGCAGCUCGAGCGGUGUAACCACAGAGACGACCUGGGAUAAUGCCCCAAGUGUGGAGGCAGAUCUUGGGAGCUUCGAUGUGCAAGAGGGCAGCAGUACGCUUGUUGAGAGCUUUGCGUGUGGGGAUUUCGCGGGCGGAAGUGUAGCGUUUGAGAUGAAGGCUGUGGGAGAUGUGUAUUUGAAUUUCUUCCAGGAUUGGAAUCCUAGUCCAUUAGGGCUUUAUGUUACGCAUUGCUAA